AUGUACCAGCCCCCAGAGAAUACGGGGACCAAUCUAGAAAAACACUCCAACGAUAUUGCUCUGCUCCUUCUUGGCCGGAAUGUCACCUUCACUGAGUUCAUCCAGCCCAUCGGCAUACCCUUGGCUCAGAAUAACUCCUUAAGGGGUUCCUCUGUAGUCCAUAGCCUGACCAUCGCCGGUUGGGGUCGCACCAAUAAAGAGUCACGGGCCACCAGCACCGUAAAGAUUAAGGCUCUGGUUCAUAGCUGGUCCAUGGACAGCUGUAAAAAGCUAUACGCGGAAGUGCGUCCUGGACAGAUGUGUGCUGGUGGUGGUGCAUCCAAGAAGAGCAGCUGCUUCGGCGACUCUGGAGGACCGGUAAUGAACGACGAUCAGCUUGUGGGUAUUAUUUCGCUGGGGGCUUCUAAAUGCGGAUCCGAUCGCACACCAAUGGUCGUUACCCGAGUGGAAAACUUUCUUAAGUGGCAUGCAGAGCACAUGAAGAUGUAG